GUGACCUUGUUGUUCUGAAGCUGCUCUGGUCCUCGAAAGUCUUGCGGAUCAAGAGAGGCAGACGUCUGGAUAAUGGAAGCGUUUGAAUGGAUGAUAGUGCCAAUAUUUGUCUUUGCGUCUCCUUCUGUCAAUGUCUUUGUCACUGUCUCGGCCCUACUACUCUGUUAUUGGAAGACGACCUUCUCGGCUUCGGGGGCCAUGAAAGUAGGUAAUGAUCUCAGACGUUCUGAGUAAGCAUCUGCAGUGAACAUCAGACGAGUUCCCAUCGUUGCUUACAG